AUGUACGGUACUGACGAGACACAGAGUGGAAGGCGUGACCGAUCGGUACACUCCACACUCGCAUGCGGCAUGGAAUCUGAACUCACGGAUGAGCAAGGCCAACGAGGGCCAGCAGAGCCACAUGAUGGCCAUGGCGAUCACUGUGAAAAGACUUUUACUCCCAAAAGACGCCGAACAACAGAUGAGUGCAAAAGCAGAAUAGACUUGUUAGGCAGGGAUGCCCCAUGUUCCUCAUUGCUCGUCGUGAAGCCCACGGCUGUCACGUCCUUUUUGCUGACUGCCAUGCUUCGUCUGCAGAAGCAGAACGUCAAAUGUGUCGAAGACGGACAAGUGACAGGCUGUGGAGAAAACGGUGUAUCGUAG